AUGCCCCUAGAGGGAGACAAGAAAAAGACACCCGCACCUGGAAAAGAACAAAAGUUCAACCCGCAAUCUCCGCUAUCCACUCGCGGUAAGCCAGCACCCAAGUCCGUUAGUCCCAGGGUCAAAACCGCGACUCCCACUCCGAAAGCAAAGGUUUUGCCAUCGACUAGUUCGAAGACAACUCCUAGGAUUGUCAUAUUCCGACCAGUGCCGCGAGCGUCUAGUGAGUCUUCUCUAUCGAGAAAAUCCGAGAGUCCCUCCGCUGUCGGGACUGAUUUCCUCCGCGUCACACGCUCUACCACAAAGAAAAUGGCAUCCUCUGAGCAGCCAACGCCCGCAACCGCAGCGUUGCAUAAAUUCAUCGCCGUCAGCGAUCGCGUAAGCCUUUUCGAAGCGAAGAUCAACACUCCUGAUCAAGCCUCUCCGUCCCUACACACGUUACAAGUCCGUCUGCAACUGGUGCGAGCCUUAUGGGACAAAGUGGAAAGAGAGUACGAAACAUGCUCUGACCUAAUGGCCCAAGAAGGAUCCCUCGACACAGUGUCUAUUCUCCAGGCCAAAUAUGACUUCUGCUACUCAGUAUACGAGUCAUGUGCAGCACAAAUUGGCGAAACAAUCGACAGAGCAACGCCUCAAGUCGCGCAAGCACCCUCUCAGCCGCUAAUUUCGUCCGGCUGCCGCUUACCUCCAUGCGACACGGAAGUCUUCGAUGGCGACUACCUCCGAUGGCCCACUUUCCGGGACCUAUUCACGGCAAUUUACGUAAACAACCCCAGGCUGACUCCGGUCGAGAAGCUAUUCCAUCUCCUAACAAAAACAAGUGGCGAAGCAAAAGCCAUCGUGGCGAAAUCUCCUCUCACGAAUGAUGGUUUUGCUUCCGCGUGGGAGGCGCUUCGAGAUCGGUUCCAAAACAAGCGACUUUUGGUCAACAGCCAGCUCAAGCUCCUUUUUAACUUAAAUUCAAUUUCGCAAGAAUCUGGUCAUGCUCUGAAAGAGCUACAAUCCACGAUUCAGGGGUGUUUAACAGCACUAGCGCAUUCCCAGGUAUCCACAGAAAACUGGGAUUGUCUCUUGGUUUUCCUUUGCGCGAGCAAACUGCCCAAGCAGACCCUGUCCUUAUGGGAACAGUCGCUAACUGCCAAAUCCGAGAUCCCAGCUUGGGAAGAAAUGAAUGCCUUCCUGAGCGAAAGGUAUCGGACAUUGGAAGCCAUCGAAGAUAUGAAACCGACUCAGGCAGUUCCAAAAAGGCUUCAAUCCUUCGAGACAAAGGUCAGCACCAAACAGAAAGGGUGUGACUUAUGUUCUAAGGAGAACCAUCCGGUCAGAUUGUGCCCGCGUUUUCUUCAAAUGUCUGUUGACUCGCGCUCUGGCUAUAUAAAAAAGAAGCAGCUAUGUCUGAAUUGUUUUGCCAGAGGUCACCAGCUACGCGACUGCACAAGCACACACAGCUGCUUUACAUGUAAGGGCAGGCACCAUACGCUGCUGCAUCGCAGCCCCCCAAAUUCCGAAAAUGCGAGUUCCUCAACCUCGCCCCCUACACAGCAACCUCCGAGACCCUCCAGCAGAAAUGCAUCGGCAAGCACCUCAGCGGUGCAAACUUUUUUCGCGUCCGGCACUUCAGCCGUCCUACUGAGCACAGCGAUCAUUGACGUGUGCCAUUUGGGGACGAACUACCGAGCCCGAGCCUUAAUCGACUCGGGAUCCGAGGCGACGUUCAUUUCAGAGCGCCUGUUCAACCUCAUCAAGUUGCCAUUCCGCAACACCCAGACCCAAGUCUCCGGGUUAAAUCAUUCGGUCUCCGCGAAAUCCUCGAAGCUGUGUCACUUCGGGAUUCGCUCUCCUACUAAGCCAGGUCUACAGUUAGACACUGAAGCGUACGUCCUUCCGGAGCUCUCAGGCAAACUGCCCUCCUAUCCGAUCCCUCGGAAUUCUUUGAAGGACCUGCCCGCACUCCGCUGGGCAGAUCCUACCUUUUUUGAGAGCUCUCAAAUUGAUGUACUGAUCGGGGCUGACAUUCUACCAUCCAUAAUGAUGGAUGGCACCCGACAAAAUAUUUGCGGCUCGCUCCUGGGCCAAGAAACUAUUUUCGGGUGGGUGCUAACGGGGCCGAUUUCCAAGGGUAAGCCGAAACGGGUCGCAUCCUUCACGACCCAGGUGCACCAAAUAGGCGACCCUGAUUCGCUCGACACGCUUCUCAGCAAGUUCUGGGAGGUGGAGGAUCUACCAGUAAAGAUGGUAAAAGAGUCGGACUCCUAUUGUGAAAGGAACUUCCUCCAAACAACAACAAAAGACGCAAGCGGGAGGUACGUGGUGACGCUCCCGUUCCGGGACCCCGAGAAUACCGGUUCCGAUUUAGGAUAUUCAAGGUCCAUUGCGUUAGCUCAGUUUCUUAGAAACGAAAAUCGUUUAAAAAGAGACUUCCCCUUAAAAGAGCAAUAUGACAGCGUGAUCCAGGAGUACCUGGAUCUGGGUCAUAUGAAAGAAGUUCCGCCGACUCACAAUUCUCCCUCGUAUCAUCUUCCUCAUCACGCGGUAGUUAAGCCCGAAAGCACCACUACAAAGCUUCGCGUUGUAUUCAACGCUUCAAGUCCUGAAAUGGCAUUAUUUUCAAUACGUCUUCAGUGCAGACAUUACGAAAAUGUAUCGUCAGAUCUGGGUCGAUCCAAAACAUACUGCGCCCCCUUCCUCGCCAUUCGAGUCUUGCAACAGCUGGCAGAGGAUAUCCGAGCGCCAUUUCCAAAUGCCAGCCGCAUCAUCCAGCAGCACAUGUACGUCGACGACGUUCUGGCAGGGGCGAAUUCCGUAAACGAAGCCCAAAGUUCGAUUCGAGAGUUGCAAGCAGCCCUAAGUGCCUCCGGGUUUCCGCUAAGAAAGUGGACCUCGAACAACAAAAGCGUCCUUAAAGACGUCCCGGCCGAACACCUCCUUCAUAGCGAGUUCCUCGACAUCGAUGCCGAAAGCACGGCCAAGACGCUCGGUAUUCGGUGGAGGGCAAAGUCCGACGAAUUCUAUUUCGUUCCCCCCGAAAUAGUUGUGGAACCCUCCUAUACAAAGCGAGAAGUUUUGUCCCAAAUCGCUAGGUUGUUCGAUCCUGCCGGGUGGCUCGCGCCGUUCAUAAUCCGUUCAAAAAUGUUCAUGCAGGAGAUUUGGUUGCAGAACUUAGGCUGGGACGAUAAGCUUCCCACUGAAAUGAGUCAGCGGUGGCAAUCGUUUUUAGACGAGUAUUCCGACCUCAACCAGAUCCGCGUUCCGAAAUGGAUCUGGUACCAGCCUGAGGUAAUCAUAGAGCACCACGAUUUCUGUGACGCGUCUCAGAGAGCCUAUGGAGCGGCUAUAUACAUCCGCGUCGAGAUGGGGCAAAGGAUCCUGACUCGCCUGCCAAAACACGAGUGGCCCCGGUAA